GAGGACGGUGUUAUUAGUAAUAUUGAAGGCAGACGCAGCCGGAGUGCCGCAGUGGCCCGCGGUACUUGCGCCAAUACGCACACAUCGAAUGCAAUUCAAACAAUACACGCCACUUCGAAAACAUCGUAAUGUGAACAACUGAACACGCAUUCAUAAUAAACUGUAUUCUGAUCCUUUGCAAUUGUCACGCUCGAAAACGUUUAGCUGGAAAGAUGAAGUUGCCGAAAUUCGAUCUGUCCAUGCAGAAGACUUGCAAGCCGGCGAUGCUGGGUCGCAUAUGGCAGGCGAGCAGGCGAGCUCUCAACUUGGAACACUCUCCGCCGCAACAGUUCGCGUGGUGCCAAUGGCAUAAGGGCCGACAACCCACCAGAUCCUACAUUGUUUACAGAUGGGUGCUGUUCGUAGUUGUGCUAUCAACAGGGAUCAUUAGUUUCGUCUGUCAGCGGCGGCCAAUAAAAUAUGAAAAACCAGUACCAGAACUCAAUCGGUUCAAAUGGUUCAUCUACUUCACUAACUGGGGUUUCAUGUUGAUCGCUUUACAAGCAUUCCUUGCAUUACUAGUCGUGCAUCGAUACAAGGCUGAAGUCUCCUACAAGUUACCAUGUGACGAAGACGAGAUUCCUAUGCCGGUGUCGCGGCGCACGCGCACGCCCCUGUUGUGUCGCGCGUACUGGCUCACGCACAACGUCGCCACAGACCUUGCGUUCGUCAUCUCGCUCAUUUACUGGACUCUCGUACACGAUCCCAAGAUCCAUGAAAUCAACAUGAUGAACCUAAUGGUACACGGCGGGAACUCCGUGAUCAUGGUGUGCGAGCUAGUUGUGACAUCACACCCGAUGCGGAUGGCGCAUGCGCUGUACGGCGCCGGCGCCGGCCUGGCGUAUGGCAUCUUCAGCGCCCUCUACUGGGCGGCCGGUGGCACCGAUCGGUUCGGCUUGCAUUCCAUAUACCCAGCACUUGAUUGGGAUAGACCAGGAUCAGCAUUUGGUUUCGUGGCUCUGUGCGCUGUCGUUCUGGUGCUUGCGCAUGGCAUAGCGACCUGCAUAGUUAUGGUGCGCACGCGCGUCGCCCAGCGCCUGAUCGCAAAGCGCGCGCAAACUGAUCGACUCACGCUACCAACGCACUGAGUACACGAUAAAUAUUGCUAAUUCAAAAAACCUCAACUUUGCUACAAAAAUUAGGAUAAAGAAGACCUGAGAUUAGCUAAUUUUUUAUAGAAAUAAAUAUAUUAGACAAGAAUCGGUCUUGAUUAUCCUAGUUUUGUUAAAAGACUUUUAUAUUAAAUGUUUGCCACGUGAUUUGCUUUAUGUAUUUCUAUCUUGUUAUAUUAUCUGUUUUUAAUUGGAAAGUAAGAGAUUUUUGGAUUAUGCUUUCUGACUAAAUCCAUCGUUUUGUUUUCUUCUACUAAAUUAAUCGAUACAAGAAUACGCGCAGUUGUAUUUAAUAAGAUUAAUUUAUUAAAGAAACAAGACAUUUCAGUCCUGCUCUUAAUAGUUAUAGUAUGAGUGAAUCUCAUAACAAGCCUAAUAAUACCUACAAACAUCUAUAUUAUAUUUAAAUAUAUACAAUAUUCGUAAUAAACGCUAGUAAGAGUAAAUUUUCCUAAGAGCCAAAUAAAGCACCCAAAAAUUCUUGUAAAAUUUUAUUGAAAUUAUAAGUAGAAAGAUAAUUUGGUAUACUAUUUCUUUAUCAACUUUUUCGAUUUAUUUCCUUUCUAAUUGAUUAAAAUAAUUUAGUUACUUUAUGUAUUUAAUAGCUUUUUAUAACUCGUUGGUAGACUUUUUGAAUAAGCAAUAAAAACAAUGAGAACAUAUUUUGUCAGAUUGAAUCAUUUGUAUAUUAAUAGUUAAUCGUAAAUUGAUCAAUUAAGCAAUAACAUAAAGUAUUUUUACGUUUGUGAUAUAAAGGUUUACGCCGCAAAGUAAACAUUCCUAGUUGUCCAAAGAUAUUAUAAAUUAACGUGUAUUUAAACGUGAAAUUAGUAUUAAAUUUUAAAUAUAAAAUGGUGUCCAUAAAUAUGGAGAUUUAUAUGAUUGUUUCCUAUUUUGCAUCGUCGUACACUAUUAUAUAUAAUAAGAUAAUUAUUUGGUAAAAAAAAACUAACGCAAUGACCUUGCAUGAUGUUUGCAAAUUACAUAAAUUGUUGGUAUAAAAAUCAUUCAAAAACAGAUAUCUAAAUAGCUAUAAAGGUACACGAUUGAUGGUUUAGUAUAGAUUGAAUAGUUGUUUUUGGUAUAUGUUCAUUGAGGAGUAGAGUUGGAAAUUAUGCAAUUAUGCCUAUAUAAUAUUGCUCACACUGUGACUACAAUAUAUACAAUUAAAAUAAUUAUUGUAAAUUACAUACAUACAUUUUUAUCGUAAUGCUAUUGUGCCUGUUACAUAAGUAAUAGCAUUUUUUUGUUUUAAAUUUGCUAUAUAAAACACAUAGGCGUUUGUUUAAGGUGACAGUAUUUAUGUAAUUAAGAAACAAUAUUUUCCAAUCAACAUUGGUUGAAAUUCAUGAAUGAAAUUGACAUGAAGUAUCAAAAGAAACAUUAUAGUAGCUAACAUAAAAGUUAAUAAGGCGUUUUAGGGAAAACUGUACCAUAUAAUGUGUGUUAAAUAUAAAUAAAUUAAAAAAAAUACGUCUAACAAGUUGAUAAUAAUUCUUAUUCACUUGUGCUUGUGAUAUGCUUAGACCAGCAUAAUAAAAGUUUAAUCUACAAAAAUUAUAUGCAAUUAUAACAAGCGAAACCAAUAUUGUAACACGUCGAAAAUAUUUCAUGGUAUCUAUCUGGUGGUCAAAUCUUUUUUUUGUGCUGCCGAAUAAAAUAAUUCUGCAUUUACCUAUAUUAUAAGUGUAAAGUACAGAACUAGUCUAAUUAAGUCUAAUAAACAUAAUACUUCAUAUUGUCAAAUAAACAGAAUCCAUAUUAUAACAACAUUAAAGAUGAUAAUUGAGCAAGCUCUGUACUAUAUUUUACAAUAAUUACGUAUAAAUAUUAAGGCAAUUGUUCCUAGCAUUAUUUAUUUGAGUGUGUCAUGUCAAAGUGUGUAACAAAAAAUAUAAUUAAGCAAUCUUUGUGAUCUAGCUAAUUCAUAUCAUUCACUUAAGUUCAUAAACGAUAUUAGGCAUUACGUAAUAAAUAAGCAAGUAUUUCACAGUUAAGUACUAGAAAAUAAGAAACAUAAGCUUUUAUAUUUUUAAAAAUUAUAAUGAUUAUUUUAUGUUCUGAAGUUAAUAAUUCAGCUACCUAUUCUGGCCCGUACCUACAAACUACUAUCUUAUAAAAUUUUAUUUUUUCUUCAUCAACAAUACGCAUUAAAAAAAAAGCCUUAUAAUUGAAUAAAUAACACUACUGAAUUAGUACAUUACUUCUUACAAUUAAUCAAAUUGAACAUAAUCAUCAUAUCAGUAUAAAUAUAAUUUUUCAUCGUUAAAGUUAAAAUAUUAAUUCAUUUUUGUCAGUAUAAAUAUAGUUUAAUAGUGUAUUUUAUAGAAAUAAGGGGAAAAUAGCAAGCUGGUCACUUGGAAGGAUCAUCAUCGCAACUGAACCGUAAUCUUCAUUAGGGACCUAGGAAUAAAGCGAUUAUGGUUGGAAAGAAGUUUCUAGGUAUCCGGCAAUCAUGUCGACCGAAUGCAAUACUAAAGCUGUUUAUUUUUAAUGCCUGAUUGUUGUCUGAAGUCUUGGUAAACACCUCGCUCAAUCAGAGAUGCCACAGUCUCUAAAUGGGAAAAGUUAGAAAAUUAAGUAAUAUUAUAUCAACCUUUUCACUUAGGUAAAGUUUACACCGAAUAAGAUAUUAAAAGCAUCAUCUACUUACUCGUGUACGAUUGAAAUAGGUACAUUUACCUAAACAGUUUUUUUUUUGUAAUGAGCAGUUAUAUUAUAUAUAUAUAUAUAUAUAUAUAUAUAUAUAUAUUUUGUAUUAAAGCACCUGGAGUAGAUUUGGGAUUUAUUUUCAGAUUCGCAUUAUAAUAUCAAUAAAAAAGUAUUCAGAAUGUUAAUUUUGUAAAAACCUAUGAAAGAACUUAGUGUAUUUUUACCAGUAAUGAUUUUCUCCAUCUCUGGAAAUAUUUCUCAGCAGCUAUGAAGCUAUAAAUAUAGCAUGCUUGUGCCAUCUUGUUAAACUGGAUUAUAUUGUACUACAAAUUGUUCAAUAAUUGAUAUAAAAAAAUAUUUAAUAAUGACUAUUGUAUCAAAUUAUUUUGCAAUCAAUCUAAAAUAUCAAAUAUUAACAUGAACCUUGAUAUGAAUAUCCAAUGUCAUGUCGUGAUAAAUAAAAAUAUCAAUUUUUA